UUGCAGAGUAUCCUGGAGUCCAUGUUGAACCUCUGCAGCCUGCGGAGGAAGAAGAGCCGCUGUCGAGCUGUUUUGGUGAUGGUGUUUGUGUGAUGAGUCCAUGUUAAGUCCUUAUAGACGCUAACUCAUGCAUCUUACCCUUUAUGUUUUCUCUUACAUUCUCUCAGGCCUUUGAGUUGGUCACUGGAGAUUCCCUGUUUGAGCCCAAAGCUGGCGAGUCCAUUUCUCUGGAAGAAGACCAUAUAGCCCAGAUCAUGGAGCUGCUUGGUCAAAUUCCGCCAGUUGUUGCCUUGUCGGGUAAAUACUCUGCAGAGUACUUCAGCCCCAGAGGUAAUCUUCGUCGUGUGGGCCCACUGAAGCUCUGGAGACUCUACGACGUUCUGGUGGAGAAAUACAACUUCCUGUUGGAGGAUGCCGCUGGUUUUUCAAACUUCCUUCUUCGCAUGUUGGACUUCCAUCCAGAGAGGAGGGCCACCGCUGCACAGUGUCUCCAACACCCUUGGCUGACAUCCUGUUAACAGUCCUCACAGCGAGAUUCUCGCAGUAGAACCAUUUUGAAGACUGUAUUUCACUGACUUGAUUUGUGAAUUGUUGGUCAAUGUGAUAAUGUCCAGCACCAUAUAGAGAUUAGGAUGCUCUACUCACCUGAAGCCCCAUUACGCACUUUUUGCUGCUGGGGCGCUUUUAUACUUUUUGAAUGGAAGUCUUUACAUGGCAGACCUUAGCAUCUCUUUAAAGUGUGAUUUGAUUCUGAUGUUCUCUGGCUUCACUAACACUGCUGACCAGUGAAGAAAGCGAUCCAAUGUAAACUUGAAUGCAGCUAUUAUUACAUGCUAUUGAAUGUUAAUUACACAUGUUUUUGUUAAAUGUAAGAUUCACACAAUAUUUCAAAUGGUGUGUACUCUAAGGUUGCAUUUCUUUUUGUUGAGCUUUUCAAAAGCCAAAUAAAGAUUCAGAUUAAAAUCAGAAACAUCAAUCAC